GUUCAUUCUGUUAAAAUAAAAAUAUUCCUCCGGGGCCAACCCUAAAUAAAAAGAAGUUCAGCACCUGCAAUAAAUAAUCACUUUAAAUAAAUUUAUAUUUUUAUAUGAUUUCGAAUUUUUAUCAUUUCAUAUAUAAUUAAUUGCUAAUCGCUGGUUGAAAUGUUCUAAAUAGAGGUAGAGGUAAAAUAAAAUAAGACGAAAUAUUUGUAUGUCAUGUGACAAAUAAAAAUAAGGAAACCAGUCACAAUUCAUAUUCACAUAAAAAGAAAUAAAUUAAUUAACCAUACCGAUUAACUAUACCUUAAUUUUGUUAAUAAGCUACAUAAGCGGUCAAGUCAAAAUUUAAUUUCUGGUAAAAUUAAAAAUCCAAAAUUAAAGUGAGGUUAUGUCUUUGUUUUGUAACAGAAAUCAACUCUAAUAACUUUUGUCACCACGCUUGUAAAAAUUUAAAGAAAAGUGUUUUAAAUUUUACACGUUAUAAAGAGAAAUGCACAAAAACAAAGUACAUUUGAUCUAGGUACAAUUAUUAAUUACUGUUCAUAAUUGUAUCCCACAAUUGUAUUGAUUGGAUAAUCUAUUAUCAUCAUUUAUAACUAAACAAACAAUAAAACCAUGGCUGAUUCAAUAGACGAUCUUUUUGAUUGUUUUGAAGAGGAACCUGUUAAAAUAUCAGACACUGUUCAAAAUGGCGAAGUCGAUAAAAAUCCUCCGUCGGAUUACCAUAAAAGAAAAAGUGAUUGUAAAGUGGAAGAAGAACCAACAGGAAAAAAAAUUAAAACCGAAGAAGAAAUUAUUGAAGUAAGUGACAUCAAUUUUGAAGAACUAAAAAAUCGGAUAGUUGUGCAUACCAUAGAUACUAUAGAAUCUUGUACACACGAAGUGGCAUGUCCUCCCAAUCAGGCAUAUGUACCGUUAAAACCACCAAGAGGUGACCCUGUAAGAGUAUAUCCAUUCAAAUUAGAUCCCUUUCAAGUCGAAUCUAUACUAUGCAUAGACAACAAUCAGUCAGUUUUGGUGUCUGCUCACACUUCGGCAGGUAAGACUGUUGUAGCUGAAUAUGCUGUUGCUACAAGUCUGAAAAACAAACAAAGAGUAAUUUACACAACCCCUAUUAAAGCUUUAUCAAAUCAGAAAUACAGGGAGUUUUUGGAUGAAUUUCAAGAUGUGGGCUUAGUCACUGGUGAUGUAACAAUAAAUCCAUCUGCAUCUUGUCUUAUUAUGACCACAGAAAUUUUACGUAACAUGUUGUAUAGAGGUUCGGAAAUAAUGCGAGAAGUCGGUUGGGUCGUUUUUGAUGAAAUUCAUUACAUGAGAGAUAAAGAAAGAGGUGUAGUUUGGGAAGAAACUUUAAUUUUACUUCCACACAAUGUCCACUUUGUAUUUUUGUCAGCUACUAUACCGAAUGCUAGGCAAUUUGUUGAAUGGGUAUCCCAUCUUCAUCAACAACCAUGCCACGUUGUUUAUACUGAUUACAGACCCACUCCGUUACAACAUUUCUUGUACCCAGCUGGUGGAAAUGGCAUACAUAUGGUUGUAGAUGAAUCGGGGACAUUUAAAGAUGACAGCUUCAAUGCUGCCAUGGCUGUAUUACAAGGUGAUGCAGGCAAAGGAGACCAAAAAGGUAAAAAAGGAGGCUUUGCUAACAAGGAUGCAUCACAAACAGAUAUUUUUAAAGUAACUAAAAUGAUAAUGGAAAGAAAUUUUGCACCGGUGAUCGUAUUUUCUUUUAGUAAGAAAGAUUGUGAAGUUUAUGCAAUGCAAAUGACAAAAUUAGAUUUUAACACCACCCAGGAAAAGCAACUGGUAGAUGAAGUUUUUAAUAAUGCAAUGGAUGUCCUAACAGAAGAAGAUAAGCAAUUACCACAAGUAGAAAAUCUCUUACCUUUAUUACGAAGAGGUAUUGGCAUCCAUCAUGGUGGGCUACUUCCAAUUUUAAAAGAAACCAUUGAAAUUCUUUUUGGCGAAGGUUUAAUAAAAGCCUUAUUUGCUACAGAAACGUUUGCAAUGGGUCUUAAUAUGCCAGCAAGAACAGUUUUGUUUACUGGUAUGAGAAAAUUUGAUGGUAGUGAGUACCGUUGGAUAACCUCUGGUGAAUAUAUUCAAAUGUCUGGAAGAGCAGGGCGUCGAGGUCUUGAUGAUAAAGGUAUUGUCAUUCUAAUGGUUGAUGAAAAGGUACCACCAGCUGCAGGUCGAAACAUUGUUAAAGGUUUACCCGAUCCUAUAAAUUCUGCAUUUCAUUUGACAUAUAAUAUGGUACUUAAUCUUUUAAGAGUUGAAGAAAUCAAUCCAGAAUAUAUGUUGGAGAGGUCAUUCUUUCAGUUUCAAAAUCAAACUGCUAUUCCAGGUUAUUAUGAAGAUUACCAGAAAAAAAUGGAGCAUCUAAAUUCGUUUGAGAUUGAAAAUGAAGAUCAGAUUGCUUCAUAUUACAAUAUAAGACAAGAAUUGAACACUUUGAGCAUAGAAUUCAGGAUACAUCUAACCAAAUCUGAACAUUUGAUACCAUUUCUACAGCCCGGUAGGUUGUUAAAGAUAAAGACACCCGAAGAUGAAUACGAUUGGGGCGCUGUUGUUAAUUUUAAAAAAGUUCAAGAAAUUAUACCAGGCAAGAAAACGAAGCAGGGACAGGCCAAAAUGCAAACAAAAGUUAAAGUAGACAUUCUUUUACACGUAAUUUCAGAAAAUCCUGAUCAAUUUGAGAUACCUAAACCUUGCUCUGAUAGUCAGAAAGGAGAAAUUGAGGUAGUCAGUGUGGAUUCUACUUUAAUCACCCAUAUAUCUUCUGUAAGAUUGUAUUGUCCCAGUGACUUACGCUCUAAAGAAAGUCGCAAAGGAAUGUAUAAAGCUGUUAAGGAAGUUAAAAAGAGGUUCCCAGAAGGACCCCCACUACUCAACCCUGUUACAGACAUGAAAAUCAAUAACGAGGAAUUUCUAGAAAUUGUAAAAAAGAUAGAAAUUUUAGAAAAGAAGAUGUAUGAACAUCCCAUGCACAAGUACCCAAACUUAAAUGAAGAAUAUGCAAAGUAUGAAAAGAAGGUUGUAGCACUUAAAGAAUUUGAAGUAGCCAAGCAAAAAUUAAUGGACGCUAAAUCAGUACUGCAACUUGACGAACUAAAAUGUAGAAAGAGGGUAUUAAGAAGAUUAGGGUAUUGUACGACUACUGAUGUCAUCCAGUUGAAAGGAAGAGUUGCCUGCGAACUAAGUUCUGCAGAUGAACUGCUUAUUACAGAAAUGAUAUUUAAUGGUGUCUUCGGUACUUUAACUCCUCCCCAAAGUACUGCUCUACUUAGUUGUUUCGUUUGCGACGAAAAAAGUAAUGAAACUCCAAAAUUAUCUGAAGAACUUUCUGGUCCUCUACGUCAAAUGCAAGAUCUAGCUAGAAGAAUAGCUAAAGUCAGCACAGAGGCCAAACUUCCGCUAGAAGAAGAUACAUAUGUGGAGAAAUUUAAACCAUUUUUAAUGGAUGUUGUCUUUGCUUGGUGUAACGGUAGCCCUUUCAAAAGUAUUUGUGAUAUGACGGAUAUUUUCGAGGGGUCUAUAGUGAGAUGUAUGCGUAGGUUGGAGGAACUCUUGAGACAAAUGGUACAAGCUUCAAAAACUAUUGGUAAUACAGAUUUAGAAGAUAAAUUUAAUACAGCCAUCAAAUUGAUUAAAAGAGAUAUUGUGUUCUCUUCUAGUCUGUACUUGUAGUUUUUUAGGAUUUUUUUUUGUAUAUGAUUAACUUUUAUAUAUUUAUGUAAGUAGGUAUAUUUUUGGGACUUUUUGUAUGCCUGUUGAAUUAUUUUUUUGUAAAAUUUCAAAUUGGCCGAAUUAACAUACAAACAAUAUCAUUCAUUUUAAAUUUUUUAUCGAUAUAAUUUUUUUUAUAUUAAAUUAAUUUGUGUAAUAGGUUUUUAACUUUUUACCCUCCAUGUAUCUUUAGUCAUAAAGGCUAAAUUAUUCUUGCAAUUGUUUAUACAGGGUGUUCCUUAAUGCUAUUCGUCUAUUUAAGGGUGUGAAUCUACAUGAUAAAUUAAUGAUAGUAUGGUCCAAAAAUGUUCCAUUACGAAAAUACGGGGUCCUAAAGUUAAAAAAAAAAGAAAUAUUAUUUUCGAAAUCGCUUGAGAUAUUCCAGUGAUAUUUAGUACGAAGUGACAGUUAUGAAAGUGCAACUUGAUUAAUUGGAAAAUUGUAUUUUUUAAUUACAUUAAUUAUAUCGGCCAAUACAACGGUUUUUAGUUUUUUAUUCAAGAACGGUGCAUCGCAGGGAAACAACUCAAGAGAGAUCUUGUGUUUAAAAUUGAACGGGGAAUUCAAAAAUAAUAUUGGCGUACUAUUUUUCUCUGUAAAAAUAUUGAAGUCGAUGCCCGUUAAAACUGAAAAUUAUUUUGUAUUGAAAGAUAUCAUAACAUAAAUAUCACUGAAAUAUCUCCAGCUGUUUCAAAAAUAUUAAUUUUUUUCCUAAAACUUCAACACUCUGUAUUUUCAUAACGGAACUUUUGGACCAUAGUUUAUAAAACUAUCAUUAUUUUUUGAUGUAGUUUCAUAUCCUUGAAUAUUUGCAUAUUAUUAAGGAACACCCUGUAUGUUUGGUGAUUAGAAUAGAAUUUAUUGCUACUUGUUUAAAAAGAAAUUGUCUUUAAAUAAUAAUAAUAAAUUCAGUAAUAAAAAAUAUUGGUGUCAUCUAAAAAUACAGAGAUCGAUUUUUUGAUCGCCCACUUUAUAUCUUAUCAGUGAUUAGUACCUACAUAGUUGCAUGUUGAGGAGAAUAUCUAAAAAAAACAUUGAUUUAAUUUAAAGUAAAAAACAUUUUUGUAUAAAAAUAUUCUAAAAAAAAGUGUACAAUAAAUAUUUUUCGGAA